UGCAAUGUUCUCUAAUUAAAAAGACAAGGAAAAUAUUAGAUUUUCUUUUGUUCAAAUUUUCUUUUGCAAUAAUGUCUCUACAUACACUAGAAUAGUGUGUUUGUGACUUUAAUUUUGUGUUUUGUAUGUAUGUAUUGUUUCUUUUUAUGUUAAAUUCUUUUUAUCACGUGUACAUCUCUGUUUUUUUGCUUCGAUUUUUACAUGUAUAUAUAUAUCUUCAUAUAGAAGCCAAGAGUAAUAAAAAGUUUUUUUUCAUUUUCAUUUUUGAUCAUGUGUAAUUAAGAUGUUUUUUUUUAAAGUUUUUUUUUUCUUUAUUUCUGUGUUUGUUUUUGUUCGCUUUAUUUUUUAUUUAAAAAUACAAAAAUAUCGAUCAACAAAUAUCGAUUAUUCCUGAUGUGGAAGAACAGUUGACAAAUAUGAUUUGAAGAUUUCACUAUCUUCUUACAUAUAAUAGUAUAUCAAUUCUAUUUAUUUGACAUUUAAGAAAGUUGAGACAGAAGAACUAAUUCUUUUCUUUCCUGCUAUAAUCAACCACAGACGCUUAAUACCACUGACUUGCGUUACGCUCAUCUUGUAUUAGCAGCGCUUAACAAGUUUUUCUGCCGAAUGAGUUCUUAUUUUUUUGCAGUUAUUCGUCUGAUUAUUGUUUAUUUAGAUUAGCAUUUACAUUAAAAUUAACGUUUCCAUGUGUAUGUGACAUGGUCUUAAUGAACAGACAGGUGAUUUGUGGUGCACAACCAAGUGCUCGUGAUAAAGUACGAAAAGAAGUACUACAACCAUUUCGAGAAGAACAACAAUAUUUAGAAAAAUUACGCCAGUCAAAUUCUGUUGAACAAAUCUUAUUAUGUUUAUUUAAUUUGCUAAAUGUUGACGAUUAUCGUUCAUUGUUUUAUGCUAGUGUUAGUGAAAAUAGUGGUUGCGGUAGUAAAACUGUCCAAUGGAUAAUUCAGUUUGCUCAAUUGUGUAGUCGACGUUAUUUUGAAUUUGAUGAUUUAUUGUCUCAACAAUACCAAAAAUCCAUACAUGCCACAGCUAUUUCACAACAACAACAUCAUUCAUUUAUUAUUGAAAAUAAAUUAAAUCAGCUAAUUGAAGAUUUAAAACAAUGCUUUGAAUUACGUUACUUUUCAAAAAUCAUUCAAGAAUUAGAAUUUAUAGUUAAGGGAAAAAUAGAAAAAAUUUUAGAAAUAUUAAAUGAAUAUGACAAAAUGGAUAAUACCAACUAUUCACCUGUGAAUGAAGAUGUUGUUCAUGUACCAUCAACAACUUUAAAAUCAAAUCGUUCAACUUAUGCGCCGUACAAACAUCCGUUUAUGCUCCAUGUCAAUAGUGAACUUCAUAUUAGAAAACAUGUCAGCCAAGAUUCAACUCAACAACAAUAUUCAGAGCGUGGAAUCGUUAAUAAAUUUGUUGGUGAUUUACCUAAUGCUCAAACGAUUAGUAUCAAAGAUCCCGAUACAAAUUUAGUCUAUGAUAUUCCUACAAAAUAUUUAUAUUUUGCUAAACCAUGUGACGCAAAUGCCAUUAUACCACCGAAAUAUCGUGCAUGUGUUUUGGAUAAAACGUUAUCAGUACCUAUUCAUAGAUACGGUUUCAUUGCUGAACCACCAUCAACAUCAAAUGGUUUUCGUUGUCUUGUGUUCUAUGAUGAUUCAAAUAUUUCAUCGAAAUAUCAUUUAUCACAAGAAAUUUAUUUAUGUUUGGAUCAAAAUUUAAGCCAGCAUUUACAAGAAUGUAAACAACAUUUAUCCAAACUAGCUUAUGACUUUUUAGAACGUUAUUUUCAAUCUUAUCCUGAGCGUACAAUGUUGCGUACAAAGAUUGGUCAAACAAUAAAGGUGAAAAAUAUUCUUACACCCGGUUUGUCAACACCAGCUAAAAAACAAUCAUAUCAAACAGCUAAAGUUGAUCAUAUCGAUAGUUCAAUGAUGACUGUUCAGUUUCAAUCGUCUGGCCAAAAAUUGUCAUUAUAUCGUGGCUCGAUCCUAUUUGAACAAUUAAACCACUAUUAUUCGAAACAAUAUCAACAAGCACCAUCCAGACAUUCAGCAAGACAACAUCUGUCUACACGACGAUCAAAUGCUCCGGAAAUUAUUUGUCUUAAUGAUUCAAUUCGCGGCAAUGUAGCACCUUUACGACAACCAACAUUACAAAAAUAUUACAGUUCAUCAUCUUCAACAUCGUCGAAUGACCAAUUAUCGACACCACGACAAUCACCAGUAAAACUUCAGAAUGAUUUAAAAUCAAAAGUGACGCAUUCAAAUGAUGAAACAGAAACAAUUCCCGAAAAACGUCCUCGUUUAUCAUGCGAUCAUACUGACAACGAUGAUCACAAGAAACCCUUGUCUCGUUUACGUCCACGCCAAAAUCAAACGAAUAAUCCAGCAACAAAUUCCAGUGAUAUAGCCGAUGGUUUUCGUCUAUUACAAGUACAAGAUUUACCUGCCACCUCUUCAACUAUUCCAGUAGCAGCCUCUUCAUCGACUUAUCAACGUUAUGAAUCAGAACCAAGCUUAGGAGCCUCUACAACAACAGUUCAUCAACAAAUUAUACAAACUAAUGGACAUCAUCACCACCAUCAUACACUACAAUCGAAAAAUAUUUGUGUGAACCCAAUGUUUACUGAACUAGCAAAACAGUUUCAACAAAAUAAUGCUGUUAUCUACACAAAACAUGUUUGUUCAUCAACAUGUGUUGAAUUAGCUGAACGAGAAUAUGAUAAAUAUUUAAAGAUCAAUCCAUUUUUAAAACCGUUUGCAUGUCAUUGGACAAUGAUCGAACCAUUUCGUUUAAAAAAGUCUGGUGAUGUUACAGUGAGACCCUCAUCGACACCCUAUCUCUAUUGUACACCAUGUGGUAAAAUUCUGCGUGACUUAUCACAAGUUGAUAAUUAUUUGUAUGUAACAGAAUCUAAACUGACAACUGAUUUGUUCAUUUAUGAUCGUACAACAAAUAUCCAAUUACAUUAUAUUCACAAUGGUUUUGAAAUCACCGAUGAUCUAUCAAAAGGGAAAGAAAACUCACCGAUAACUGUUGUGAAUGAAGUUGAUCAUGCAAAAAUAGGUCCAAAAGAAUUUGUUUAUUCUGUGGAAAGAAUACCAACGACUGGUGUCAAUUUACAAAUAAAUAAUGAAAAAAUGACAUGUUGUGAUUGUAAAGAUAGUUGUCGAGAUCGUGCAAAAUGUGCAUGUUGGUUACGAACAUUGAAAUAUGCUGAAUUGGCUGGUGAAGAACGAGUGAAAGCAAUGAAACAAAAAAAUAAGACACAAGCAGAAAUUCUUAAUGCUAUCGGCUAUAAAUAUCGUCGACUUGUUAAAAAUUUAUCAUCUGGAAUUUAUGAAUGUAACGAUCGAUGUCAAUGUCACAAUAAAUCGUGUACGAAUCGUGUUGUGCAAAACGGAAUCGCUGUGCAGCUGCAAUUAUUCAAAACGUUUGAUCGUGGUUGGGGUGUUCGUUGUUUACACGAUGUUCCUCGUGGUACAUUUAUUAGCGUCUACUCUGGUGAAAUUCUUACAAGUGAACAAGCGGAUAGCCGUGGAAAAACAUUGGGUGAUGAAUAUCAAGCUGAUUUAGAUUUUUUUGAACAUUUUAAUAGUUCUGAUAAUGAUGAUGAUGAUAGUCGAAGUACACAUGAGUGCGAUGAUGAAUUAGACGAAGAAACAAAUGAUAAUAACGAAGAUAUACCAGAAAUAAUAACAACAACAACAGUAUCAAAUGGAAAUGAUGAAUCUGAACAAAAUUGGUUAAAUGAUGAUACGUCAACAUCAAGUACUGAAUCAGUUAAUUCUCGUUUGAGAAGUGCUCAGUUAAAUUUACGUGCACGUGAUUUAAUACGAAAAGGAACAACUGGAGCACUGGCAACAACAACAACAACAACAAUAACAACAACAGUAUCGAAAAAUAAGAAAAAAUCAACAACAACAAAAUCAUCAACGGCGUGUUCAAUAUCGUUAAAUCGAAGUAAAUUACCAGAUUAUGAUGGGAUUGUUUAUACAUUAGAUGCUAAAUUAAUUGGAAAUAUUGGACGUUAUUUUAAUCAUUCAUGUUCGCCGAAUCUUGAAGUACAAAAUGUUUUUGUUGAUACACACGAUAUUCAUUUUCCGUGGAUCGGUUUUUUUGCAACGAAAUUUAUUAAAUCAGGUACAGAAUUAUGUUGGGAUUAUCGUUAUGAAGUUGGAACUAUACCCAAUAGAAGAAUUGACUGUACAUGUGGAUCAACAGAAUGUCGUGGCCGAUUAUUAUGA